GGGGUUGGUGCCGCCAAUAGCAGGCCACGACGAUGACCAGCCUUCCUAGCAGGGUCCCAGCAAUGCUGUAUACAUCUAUUUGCAUACCAGUUUAAGGUACGUUCUCACUGCUUACUACAAGGGGGAUGAGGUGCCUCUCCGUAUGUGGACGACGUUAUCAGCUUGAAGGGCCCAGUGUGAAUACUUUACACACGGCAUCCAUCUUGACUCUACCAUAUAAAGAUGGGUAUGCGAAUCAAAUUAAACAGCAGCGACCACCCCAGCAACCUGCUACGUGAGCUGAAUAAAUCUCGGUUGUCGGGGACACUUUGUGAUGUUACUAUUGUUGUCGGAAACCGGUCUUUUGCGGCUCAUAAAGCUGUGAUUGGCUCUGCAGCAGUGUAUUUCCAAAAAUUGUUCUCCAGCACCGAUUUAGAUAUUGCUCGAACUUAUGUGGUGGACUUUAUCACACCAGCCAAUUUUGAGAAAGUGCUAAACUUUAUCUACACGUCUGAGCUAUUUACUGACCUUAUUAAUGUGGGCGUUAUCUAUGAAGUCGCUGAGAAGCUUGGCAUGGAGGACUUAAUAAAUGCCUGUCAUGCAACAUUUCCUGAUCUUGAGGGUUCCUCGGGUCAGAAAUAUCAGUGCUCUGUUUCCUCUAGCGAGGGACGCUCCAGCACAUCAGCUGAACCCAAUCCAGUAGAAUCUAGAGGCAAUGGACUGGAUAACAACCACCCUCCUAUAGACAAAAAUUUUAGCACACCAGGAGAUGGAAAUUCGACGUUUAAAGGAGAAGACCAAGAGGCUAGUCUGAAUCAAGCAGCACAUUUUCCACUGCCUGCAAAAACUGAAGAACAAAGCACCUCUGCAAGGUUCCAGUCCUCUCACUGCUCGGUGAACACUGGAUUUGGUCCAACAAGUACUUGCCCUUCUUACAAAACGCAACACAACGGCGAUUUUAACAAAUCUAGUUAUUUUCCGGGAGAUUCAUCUGUUAGUGGAAAUUCUAAGGAACCUGCUGGUGGAUUUGACGCAAUGGGAGACCUCCACCUUGAUGAACUAGAAGAGGAAGAGUUACAGUUUGAUGAAGCAGGUGAUGAAGACUCCGGGCCAUCUGGAGAAAUAAUUGAGCUGAGCGACGGUAGUGAAGAUGAGCUGCUAUUAUUUGGCCAGGGGGAAAGUCGAAGUGGCAAAGCCAUGCCAUGUCAAGUGUGCAAGAAGGUGCUAGAGCCUAACCUGCAGCAUAUCCGCCAACAUGCUCGGGAACAUAUAGAGCUACGCAAUGGUAGUUGCAAGGUCUGUCAGGCCCGCUUUCAUGACCGGGGUGCUAUGAUCACUCAUGUUUUAUCACACAUCGGCAUAUUUCUUUUCUCUUGUGAUAUGUGUGAAGACAAAUUUUUCAGCCAGUGGCAACUCACCCUUCACAGAGGACAAGAAGGGGUUACGUCAGAACAUAAUAUAAUAGUUCAUCCAGGUCAACCUCUCCCAGGGGAGGUAAAUACAUUUGUGGGGGCGAUGGGUACUGAACUGCCAUGCGGUGCAUGUCAUAGGACCAUGUUACGUGAUUUCCAUUCUGUACGUUCUCAUGCUUUGGAGCACCUUAACACCAAGAACCUGUCCUGUGGACUGUGUGAGCAGCGACACCUAACACUCUGUGGUCUUAUGUGGCAUGUCUUAUCUCACAUGUCUGUAUCUGUUUUCUCUUGUUCUGUAUGUGCCAGUAGCUUCCUUGAUCGACACUUACUGGAGAAGCAUAUGGCAGUCCACCAGAGUUUGGAUGAAGCGUUAUUUCGCUGUCAUCUAUGUUCUCAAGGUUUUAAGUCUGAAAUAACUUACCGACAGCACUUGAAUCAGCAUCGUUGUGUUAGUAUUCCAGCAGAUCGCCCUGGGUUUUCAGAAUUUUCUCAACUGCAAGCUCCAGUUUCAAAGAGAAAAGUUCCAGAGGAUUUUUCAGCAGAAGACCAUUCAGUUUCUGGACAACCAGCCCAUAGCAAAUAUACAUGUAAGGUUUGUGGCAAGUGCUUCUCUCAUACCAGUGAAUUUAAUUACCACCGGCGCAUUCACACCGGGGAAAAGCCGUAUCAGUGCAAAGUGUGUCACAAGUUCUUCCGAGGCCGUUCUACCAUCAAGUGCCACUUGAAGACACAUGCAGGGGCUCUAAUGUACCGUUGUACUGUGUGUGGACACUACAGCUCCACCUUGAACCUCAUGGGUGAGCACAUUGCAGUGCAUCGUGGCAACCUGCCUUCAGACUUUACCAUUGACCAAACAUUUAUGUAUACUAUUCACUCCAAAGAAACAGACAAGAGCGCCGAAAGCUGAUGUGCUCUGAUAAGGAGCAUGGCAUAGGGCUGUCAGCGCAUUUUAACCCGGUUCCACCUCAUUGCUACGCUGUCUUUGUUAAACUGUUUGCUACUAAAAACUAAUGUUUUUCUGUGCAUUUUUUACAUUUUUUUAUUUAUCCUUUCCACCACAGAGCUCCAACAGUAAAUUUUGUUCAGUUUUAUUUUGGACUUAGAAUUUCAUACUUGGUCUCAAUAGACAAAUAGAUGAAGUCAAUGAAAUUGUGCAGGCUGAAUGGAACGAGAUUUAUACAGCCACACUAAAGGGUUUGUGUGGAGAGCAGUGUGUAUAUUGUCAUUUAUUCUGUGUUUAGCCCAGCGUAAACUAUUUAUUAAUAUGGGUAACGUACCCAAAUUUGGGCAAAUAAGUUUUCCUUUGGGAGAUGACAUAUGGAUACCAUUCAGUUACGAUGGGACAUUUAAAUUGGCUUAAAGGGGAUGGCUAAUUUGGGUAUACUAUUUCCCAUGGUGUGUUAAACAUUAAAAUAGGUAACUUACAAAUUUUUGCUGUGUAGCCACUGGUUCAUGCCUCCCACCCCCCUCUCGACAGCACUUUCUAUCUAACCACACCACCUAGUUCAGAACUCUCCCCUCUCCAAAGCGCACUGCUUGGUCCGUAAUGUUGCCGCAGAUGGAGACACUUGUCA